ACUAUUUCUACCCUUCUCCUUUUUUCUUCUUCUUCUUUAUUCCUUUGUUUAAUAACAUUAUUAUGGGUCAACAAUCAAGUCGAGAACAUGCACCUUUGACAUUUGGCUACGUUGGUCAAAGCUCAAACGAAUUAAAUCAACAACAACAGCAGCAACAAGAUCAAGAUAGAAAGGAUUUUGUCUUGUCUAAUCCUCAUUUAUAUCAGUUACAAGCAGUCUGUAAGCAGUGUAACUCAACAGAAGAUGAGCUUGUAGUAUCAACAAUAAUUGGUGAAUCCUGUUCUAAAUGUCAAAAGCAAAAACGUCUUUCGCUGGUUCGAAAAGACCUGGCUGAUGAUUUACAAUAUAUCGAUGAAACUUAUUACCCUGAUUUGAUACAUUAUGAUAGUAAAGCGGAUGAUAUGGAAAUCGAAUUACUACAAUUAGAAAACGAUAACACUAGCCAAGUAUUGACUAUUGGUGAAGUUACCCACAACACUCCUGGUAGACCUAGACGGUUGACAGGGCCAUCCAUGGCUAUUGAUUUAUCCAACAGAUCGCUCGUAAAGUUAAGCCCUAGUAUUGGUUACUUGGAUGGUUUAACUAAACUAAACUUGUCCAAUAAUCAAAUGAAAAGUUUACCCAGAGAAAUAGGCUAUUUAAAGAAUCUUAGCGUGCUGAAUGUCUCAGAUAAUUUAAUCGAAGAAAUACCUGAUACAAUUGCCUUCUUGUCAAAAUUGAAAGCCUUAAAUGUUAGCGACAAUAACUUGGUUCAAUUACCAGCCGCCAUUGGAAGCUUACACAAGUUGGUUAUUAUUAUUGCAAACAAUAAUAGUCUAAAAUCACUACCUAGAGAGUUUAAAAAUCUGGUCAAUUUGAUCUCUCUCAAUGUAUCCAAUAAUCCUCUUAAAUCAUUACCUGCUGAAAUUGCCAAUCUCAAGUCAUUAAGGAAAUUGCUUACGGAUGAUUGCCCAUUUGAGGAAGAAUACAGUUACAACUUGGUGCACAAUCCUCCCUCCUUAUUUGAAACAUGCGCUCGUAUAGCUAUCAAGUCCCAAACAAAUAUUACAAGCCAGCUCGCUGACCAUAUCAAGGAGUAUCUUUCUCGGGCUGAUAAGUGCUCUUAUUGCAGUGGUCCCUUUUUUGAAAGUUAUGUUACACGGGCGCGAUUCAUUGAAAGAAGAGCCAGACAAUAUAUGGCACUGGAAUAUACUUUAUGUUCGGCUCAUUGGUCGAACGAAAAUGACAGGUUAUUGGCCAUGUUUGCAGAGCAGCCCGUAACUACUAAACGUCAUCAAAUUGACAUGGAUGGAUUAAAUGAAGAUAUCGUCACCGCCACAAGAAAUCGUGCCUAUAGUGAUCUGACUCCAAGUUCACCAAGUUCACAUGUUACGAAUGACUACUUCCCGAUUUCAUUAUUGAAAAGUCAACCGAACUUACCGGUUCUUCAACAAGAAAUCCCAUUGCAGUCACCAAGAGGAAAUCGACCUCGUGCAUCGUCUACUGCUUCGGUUACCAAAAGAUUUACAAACUUCAUGCGCUCUGGUAGCGGUGGAGGCUCUUCUACCCCAAGAAAUCGUAGUCAUAGUGGAUCAUCCACGUCUUCAUUAUCCUCUACGGUUGCACCACCUACACCGCCACCCAAAAGUAAUUUAAGAGAGUGGACUUCAAAUCAAGUUCCCUUGCCAUUAGAAAUAUAAAAUUUUAAUUGGUGCUGUUUCAAGUAUUAUAUUCCCCCACACACUUUUUUCUCAACCUCACACAGAGCGCUUACGCCUACUUAAGUGCUUCUCAUACAUCAGGCUUGUUUUUUCAUCUGGAAAAUAAACACAAAUCAUUUUUCUGUUAAAAUUGCGUAAAUGAGGAAUUGCUUGAUAAACAAAGUUCUCAAAUAGUAGCUCCUAUUGGAUAUGGCCCAGAUUUAAUUUCUAUUUUUAUUUAUUUUUUUUAAAAAAACAGGUAUUAUUUUGCAGUGAAAAAAUGUAGCUUCUUUUGUUCAAUCCCUAGAACCGAAAAUCUUGCAG